UUCUCUCACAAUACAGUUAGCCAAGAGAGAGACGCACAAUAACUAUCCAAGACCCGCAACACAGAAAAGACUUCUCAGUUUCUCGUCUUCUCCAAAUUUCCACUGUUCUGGUAAAAUUACAGCUUCCUCAAGCUUUUGUUUUGUUUACAUAUAUUUGUGAUUUUCAUGUAGAAGCUUCUAUUAUAGUUGCAAUUAUUCUAGAUCUUUCUUAGGGCUCAUUUCUUUUGUAGAUGUUUUCAACUUUGAUACUAUGAGAUUUACUUCUUGUGAGUUGUUGAUUUUUGCUUAAUAAAAAAGUGAGGAGUAGCUUGCCUAGUUCAAAGAUUUGGAUUCCCUGUAUCUAUUUAUGGGAAGCAAGCAUUCCAAGGAAACAACAUCCAUAAAUGAUGCUUCUAACUUGAAUCAAAGUAGUCGAAUUCCUCUUGUAGCUUUGCAGGAAGCAACAAACAACUUCGAUGACAAGUUUCUCAUUGGAAUGGGUGGCUUUGGGAAGGUUUACAGGGGUGUUCUGUGUGAUGGCACAAAGGUGGCCUUGAAAAGGGGUAAUCCUAAGUCUCGACAAGGUAUUGAAGAGUUCCGAACAGAAAUUGAGAUGCUCUCACAGCUCCGCCAUCCGCAUCUGGUUUCAUGGAUGGGAUACUGUGAUGAAAAUAAUGAGAUGAUUCUAAUUUAUGAGUACAUGGAGAAUGGGAACCUCAGGAACCACUUGUAUGGGUCAGAUCUACGUCUACCCAGUAUGAGCUGGGAGCAGAGGCUGGAGAUAUGCAUUGGGAUAGCCAGAGGUCUGCACUACCUUCAUACCAGUGCAGUUAUACAUCGUGAUGUCAAGUCUACAAACAUAUUGCUUGAUGAGAAUUUUGUGGCAAAAAUUACUGAUUUUGGAAUAUCCAAGACAGGGACUGGGACUGAGCUUGAUCAAACUCAAACGCAUAUUAGCACAAACGUGAAAGGAACUAUGGGCUACCUUGACCCCGAAUAUUUUAGGAGGCAACAGCUGACAGAAAAAUCUGAUGUUUAUUCUUUUGGUGUUGUUUUAUGUGAAGUUCUUUGUGCUAGGCCUGUCGUAACUCCAUCUCUUCCGAGGGAUCAGGUCCACAUGGCUGAAUGGGCAUUGAAGUGGCAGAAGAAGGGACAACUGGAACAUAUCAUAGAUCCCAAUCUUAUUGGCAAAAUAAGACCAGAUUCCCUCAGGAAGUUUGGAGAAACAAUGGAGAAAUGCUUAGCUGGUUAUCAGGUAGAUAGGCCAUCUAUGGGUCAUGUGGUGUGGAAUCUAGAGUAUGCACUCCAUCUCCAAGAGCCUGUCAUUCAAGAUGAUUCGUAAGAAAACAGUACCAUCUCUGUUGGCGAGAGCUCUUCACAAGAAAACAGUAUCAGUCAUGUUGAUGCCAAUUUAUCUGCUGCUCAGAUGGAGAAUUCAAAUUUUGAUGAUCAAACAGUAGUCUGGGGAUGAGUAGGGUUUUCUCACAAUUGAUCAAGUCCGAGGAUGGAUAUCUAAGUGAAAGUGGUAAAUACCAUCCUUAAGUGUUCGUUAAUUCCACGUUUGUUCAUGCAUCAUAAGAAGAUUGAUUUAAUGUGUUUCUAACAAUUUAUUCUACAAAUUUCUGAGUUUUAUAUAGAAAGUUAACUUUGGAAAUAUG